AGCAAACACUCCGGUACCGCUUUCGUUUGGUCUCUGAAGACUUAAGAGGAUCAGGGGGCUCUCCUAUUAGUUCUUUAUUUUUGACCUGAAAUCACUAACAGCUUCACUAAUAGAUUUUUAAAUUUUAGUCACAGCCUCGACACAGGUUACGACGCCUCAACGUGAAGAGAGCGAUCACAUCGAACGUGGCAAGUUUUCUUUUAAAAAUUCGAAUCAAUUGUGUGCAGCACAUGUACCACUACGAAUGGGACAGUAGUUCCGACGACGACGACUUUCGUUCCGAUUAUUCGUCCGCAAGUGACUUCGAACCCUUACGAAAAGACGUCAAUUGGGAGGUCGACAAAGACCGAUUUGAACUGCUCCGUCGACUUCAUUAUCGCAUAACGUGGGAAUGGAAAUCAUACCGAAUUCCCAAUUUCCGAUCAGCUUUUCGAGACGAAGAGAUGGAUCGUCUUCUCUCGGAUUGCGUGAACCAUCGGAAAGGAAAGCACGAUGAUGACGAUUGGUUGAGCAGAUUCAUCGGGAUAGUGGCCGGCAGCGGUUACAAGGACCAGCCCAAGGACGAUGAUGAAAAUCGCACGACACCCAUUCAUCGCGCGGCUAGAUCACAUACGUGUAGCGUAUGGAUCGUCGAUCAUCUAUUCGAUAUCUACGACAGGUACGACGUGAAUUACCGCGACGAAACUGGAUUGACGCAUUUCCAUGUGGCCUGCAAGUACGGCUGCCAAGAGAUGGUGGAGAAAUUCCUCGAGGCCGGUCAGGAUCCGAACGUCGUUUGGCGAAAGACGGGCGACUCGCCGCUUCAUCUGGCCGUGGAAAAUUAUCAGCCCCGAGUGAUUUCGUCGCUGCUCAGCAAAGAUGCCGAUCCCAAUUGGGCCAACGCAGAGGGAUCGACUCCUCUGCACUCGAUCUGUCAAAGAGACGAGGAGAUGAAGAUGUUCUUCGAUAUCUGCGACGAGUUGAAUCGGACCGUGCAAGUCGAUGUUAAAGACAAGAAGGGCCUGAUACCUCUGCAAUUGGCCGUGGCGAAUCUCGAUCCGAAUGCGGUCGAGCUCCUCUUGGAUCGUGGCGCCGAUCUGUCGAGCUUUACCUUUCCCACCGGGAUCAAUUACUUCGACGGCCGAUAUAGAUCAAGUAAGAGCCGGCUCGGACUCGCGUCCAGCAUCGUGAUCUGCGUCGAACUGCUCGAGAAGCGAGGCUACGAGCUGCACCGCGGCGACGUACUCGGGAUCCUGAAACUAUUCUCCGGGUACGAAAUGUUCCUGAGGUCGGACUACUACAACGACGAUAAAAACGACGACGACGAGGACUUCGAGAACGAAGCCAAAGCGAUAGCGGUGAAUUCGCGACUGUCCCUCUACGAUCUGUUCCGGUCGGCCGAGCAGCUGCUGGAGCUGAAGCAGGUCACGCACGCGGACUGCGAGAGGUUGUCGCGCUCGGACGAGUACCGGGCUUUUUGGUCCCGUCGCGUAUUGCAUCGCUCGAUUCAGCUGUGUGACAAGAUAUCGCGGAAACUUGUCCAGGACUGCGCGCUGGAGCCGUUCUGGGAGUUGAUGGGAGGCAGACUGCCGUUGGAGUGCUGUCGAGCGAUACUUGGGAAGUUGACGAACGAAGAUCUGUAUAACAUUUGCUUGGCGUCUGAGGGAUAAA